GCGCACGCGACACAGCAGCACUGGAGUCCAGGAAGGAUGAUUUUGUCUUGCUGCCUGAUGAUUGCUGUUCUUUCGUUUACACCGAACCGUUUUCCUUCUCUCUCUUUAGUUUCCCCCCAUAAACACAAGCGGGCGGGCAGGCAAGCAAUCAGUAUGCACGACGUGGCAUUCGUUAUCUCGUACGGUCAAAUUACAACUGCAUUCAGCACAAAGGAAGAUUGUAUCUCGGAUGUUCAGCAACAUGGCUUGAUACCAUUCGGGAAUGCACACAGCUACAUGAAGAAACCCCCCACCAUCACAAGGAUCAUGGGGAAUAAUGAUAACGUCGGAGUAACACGGACGCCCUCUUGAAUGCGAGGAACAGUCUUUUUUCUUUUUAUGUUUUGCAAUGCGUUUCUUUAGUGGUGGGAUGUUCACCAAAUAGGCCGGGCCGGGCCUUUCAACCGCUAGCUCUUGGUCUGCUGGUCUGGACGAGAAGGGUGAACAGAAUUGAGAUGUGUUGCUCAACGUCUACUCCCAGAUGUCUGCAGGAAGGAAUCCAUUGACAACGUAUCUGGCUCAUUGAAUGGUUCUGGUCGUCCGUGUGCGCGAGAUGUAGUACGGGAGGGUCUGGUGAGCGAGCCUUCAACGGAAAGAGGAAGAAAGAAAGAAAAAAUGAAGGAAGAAAAGCAUUCUCAUUGCGACACCUGGCAAGACCAGACAGACAGACAGACAGACAGACAGACAAAAAGCCGGGAGAGGAGGUCCCCAGGAGCUAGACAGGGAGGCAGGCGGCUAUUCUUUUUUGUUUGUAGAAGUGCUUUCGCUGUCUACCCAAGAAAUUGUGUUUCUUUUCCCUUUUCUUUCUUUUCUUGGCAUCUGCGUUAGGGGAACUAAGGAAUGAAAUGAAGUUAUGAUGAACACUACAUC